AUGAUUGAAUCAGCAAAAUAUCCAAUGCUUGCUUCAAUUAUACCAAUAUAUAAUUAUUUGAUCAAUGAACUCACAAAAUAUCACAAUAAUCCUAAUUAUUCUCAUGAAAUAAUCACUGCAGUAAAUGCAGAAUUGAUAAAAAAAAAACAAAGAAUUAAUCAACAAAAUGAAGUUGAGUUAUAUCUAGAAGCUCCUCAGGCAAUGAGAAAACAAGAUAUUCUUCAAUACAUCCCAGUAGAGCGAGUAUUUUCCGAAGGAACUGAUUUAAUUUCUGUUAAGAGAUGCGGUCUUAGUGCAGACUCUAUUCGUGCAUGUAUGUGUCUAAAAUCCUGGUGGACAUAA